AUGCUGGGAGGAGGGGAACGCGGACUUGGGAUGAUGGACGUCUGCGGCGACGGGAAAAGAUUUGGGACGACGUCCGCUGAACUGAAGUGAGUGAGAUGAGUGAGAGGAGACCGGUUGAUGGUCUGUCAUGAGGAGGCGGAGGAAAGGGAUCACCGACGACGGCGGCCAAGAAGGAGAAGAAGGAGACGACGUCGAAAGUGAGAAGGCGCUUUUAUUCCGAUGGCAAGCGAGUUCUUCUUCGGCUUCUGACUCACGGCAUGGAAGACGUGUUCCAUCUUCAAAAGUGUAUUCUUCCGCCCUACCGGUCAUGAUGUCAGCUUCGUUUGAACUUCCGCGCUGUAAAUAUGCUUUAUCCACUGCCAAUUGA